ACCACCAGACAGGGAGAGAGAGAGAGAGAGAGAGAGAGAAUCAAGUGUGUCAGACCGGGAGCAGCACGCUGUUUGACAGAAGCCCGGUAUUGUUUUCUAAGGAGUGUUGAGUGUUCGAGUAUUUUCAUAUUUAGGGAUGUGUAGUCAGCAGUUGUUCAUAUUUCAGUCAUCUGCAGCUCAGCCUUCUUUUUCACCGGUAACCAAAUGAGGAAACCACUCUGUUUCCUGCUCAGCUCGCCUCAGUCGAUCAUCUCUGGACUCAGCAUCGCGCAAAAAGAGCAAAAGGCUGCAAACACGCAUCAUGGUCGCCGGUGAGCUCGUGCAGGAGCAUCUGCGCGCCGGUACCGGCGCACCUGACGACAUCACGGUCGGCAGGCAGGAGCCAGAGGACGAGGAACGGCCAAACGAAGCGGUGCACGCGGGCGGGGCCGGGGAGACAGGCUCAAAGCACGCGCAGGAGCUGGAGGAGGACAAGGAAGCUCCGCCUGAUGAAAGAGAGGUGAUGCUACCCAACGGAGGAGGAGGAGGAGAAGGCGAGGAGGAGGAAGAGAAAAGGCUGGAGACCAGGGUGUACGCCCGCCGGUUCGCCGUGCUGGCCGUUUUCAGCCUGUACUCCCUCGUGAACGCCUUCCAGUGGAUCCAGUACAGCAUUAUCACCAACGUGUUCACGCAGUACUACGGGGUGACCAACGACAAGGUGGACUGGCUCUCCAUCGUCUACAUGGUGGCCUACGUGCCGCUCAUCUUCCCCGCCACCUGGCUGCUGGACCGAAAGGGUCUGCGCUUAACGGCCCUGCUGGGCGCCGGCCUCAACUGCGCCGGCGCCUGGCUGAAAUGCGCGAGCGUGAACCCCCAGCUGUUCCCAGUCACCGUCACCGCGCAGGUCAUCUGCUCCGUGGCGCAGGUGUUCAUCCUCGGCCUGCCUUCCCGCGUGGCUUCGGUGUGGUUCGGACCCCGAGAGGUUUCCACCGCGUGCGCCACGGCAGUGCUCGGAAACCAGUUGGGGACAGCCAUUGGCUUCUUGUUGCCUCCUGUUUUGGUUCCUAACACCCCUGAUAAUGUUGAACUCACAGGUCACAACAUCAUGAUUAUGUUCUACGGUACAGCUGCCGUCUCCACAGUCCUCUUCGUCCUCGCAGUGAUAGUCAUAAAAGACAGACCUCCUCUCCCUCCCAGUCAAGCACAGGCUGUCUUACCAGACUCCCCUCCUGAAGAUUACUCUUACAAACAGUCCAUCCUCAACCUGGUGAAGAAUAAAGCCUUUGUCCUGCUCCUCAUCACCUAUGGCAUAAUGACUGGCUCCUUCUACUCUGUCUCAACACUUCUCAACCAGAUGAUCAUGACCUGCUAUGAGAUAAAACAGGUGUUAGGAAACUGCAGAGUGGAUGGAGAGGCUGAGAGGGAGAAAUAUACAGAGAGGUUCUUCAUGACAGGUUACUUGCCACUGGGCUUUGAGUUUGGAGUGGAGAUCACCUACCCUGAGUCUGAGGGAACAUCAUCAGGACUCCUCAAUGCCUUUGCUCAGAUAUUUGGGAUUAUUUUCACUCUGAUUCAGGGAAAACUGACCACAGACCAUGGCCCACUGUCUGGAAAUCUCUUUCUCUGUGCCUGGAUCUUCCUGGGAAUAAUUCUUACAGUUCAUUUUGAUUUCUUGUUUGUGUCCCAGCUUACGACUGAUUGUCCUGGAGACUGCCCUUCAGAAAAGAAAUCCAAUGGAGCCAAGAUGGAGCCCUCAGUCAGCUUUUCUCGUGAAACCUCACUGUGACCUGCCAAGUCACCUAAUCACAAACAAGUGAGACUAUCUCCCUGCUCCCGUGGGAAACAAGUUGGCAUCAAAUACCUACAGCAGUACCUGCUUUUUGUUGCCAAAAAUCUCCUCCUUAAAACUUGGAAAGUUGAAGGCGCCGGGCGUGAGCCAGGUCUAAUUAAAGACAGCCACAAUCUACAGGUGAUUUAGGACAGGUGUCUCAUGGAUGGGAUUGGUUAAUGUUGUAACCAAGCUGGCUGACUCCUUUCAAAGCUCCUGGAAAGAUUGUUGUACACUGACAUGCAGAAGACACUCCAUUGCACUUUACUUUGCUGUAGGUAAAAAAUGGCCUGUGCCAG